AUGUUGCUACAACAAGCUACUCGUCUCUCCACACGGCUGGCAGGCCCUAUCCAGAACGCAUCCAGCAUUCGGACAUGGAGCUCCACCGCCUCAAAACUUAAUGCAGAGAAGAAGAGUGCCUACCGGGAAGGGCUUUUGGCGUAUGGCGCUUUUGUCCGCCCCUUUGGCAAGGUCUUCUUGGGUGCUGUCCUCACUUACCAGAUUAUCUAUUGGUCAUGGAUGAAGCUGGAGACCGAUGAUAUUAAGCUUCAAAAGAACGAACAACUGUCCGGCCUAGAGAAAAAGGCCCGGGAGCUGGCGGCUGCGCAGAAAUAA